CACCGCUCCGCAGAGCCCAGGACCCACAGAGUACGCGGCAACACGCGUCCGCGAUAUACUCUCCGCUUUCGAGCUGUUUGUCACGCGGCACAUACAAGAGAUCGUGGUGACCGCCACGAACAUCGAGGGCCUAAGGAAGUGCGGCAACGGCUGGAAACUGAUGGACGCCACGGACCUGCGCGGCUACAUCGGGCUGCUGCUCCUCGCCGGCGUGUACAGGUCCCGAAACGAGGCCCUGGAGAGCCUGUGGCACGAGGAGAGCGGCAGGGCCAUUUUCCGCGCCACGAUGCCGCUCAAGCGCUUCCACGCGUUCUCGCGACUGCUGCGAUUCGACGACCGCGAGACGAGAGCCGCCAGAUGAGCCGCGGACAAACUGGCGGCCAUACGAGACGUGUGGGACGCCUGGGUGCGGCGGCUGCCUCGCCUCUACAACCCGGGCCCCGACGUGACCGUGGACGAGCAGCUGGUUCCCUUUCGAGGUCGAUGCUCCUUCCGCCAGUACAUGCCCAGCAAGCCCGCCAGGUACGGACUCAAGUCCUGGGUGGCCUGCGACGCCGCGUCCAGCUACGCGUGGAACAUGCAGAUGUACACGGGCAAGUCGGCGAGCGGCGGGCCCGAGAGGAAUCUGGGCGCGCGCGUGGUGCUGGACGUGACCAAGGGCCUGCGGGGUCCGCGCAACGUGACGUGCGACAACUUUUUCACCUCCUACGAGCUGGCCCGGCGGCUGCUCAUCGAGAGGCGCCUCACCGUGGUGGGCACGAUGCGCAAAAACAAGCCCGAGCUGCCGCGCGCCUUGCUCAACACCAAGGGCCGUGCGCUCUUCUCGUCCAGGUUCGCCUUCACGCCCACCGUCACUCUGGUGUCCUACGUGCCCAAGAGGCACAAGAACGUGCUGCUGCUGAGCACGCUGCACACGGGGAAGGCGCGCGUCCGCGCCACCAGGGACGCCAAGCCCGACAUCAUCCUGCACUACAACAGCACCAAGGGCGGCGUGGACAACCUGGACAAGCUCGUCGGCACGUACAGCUGCCGCAGGAAGACGACGCGCUGGCCCCUCGCCGUGUUCCACAACAUCCUCGACGUGUCCGCCUACAACGCCUUUGUGCUCUGGCGAGAGCUCAGGCCCCAGUGGAUGCGCGGCAAGCUCUACAGGAGGUGCGUGUUCCUGGAGCAGCUGGGCAGGGCGCUCGUGACUCCGCUCAUCGAGAGACGCUCGCGUCUCCCUCGCACGGAAGCACCAUUGGGCACAUGUGUACCCAGUCUAGUGAUCCAGGAUCUUUCAAUUCUCCUGCGCUGCUUCACCGUCCAGGCUGGGUGGAAGUUGUGCAGCAGAGGGAACCCAGGUGGAUUUCGGGAUAAAAGACCAUUGGGCACAUGUGUACCCAGUCUAGUGAUCCAGGAUCUUUCAAUUCUCCUGCGCUGCUUCACCGUCCAGGCUGGGUUGGACUCCAGAAUAGUGGCUCUGAGAUUGGCCCAGCCGUGA